AUGUCAAUUGGAUCAAACUGGAGCAUUUAUUUCUAUGGCUUUUCCUCUCUGGUGAAAAAUAUCCUGGCUUUAAAUCCUCGCACACAAGCCCAUGCAACUCUACGUUCUACUUUGGCUAAGAAAUUAGACAAGAAACAUUGGAAAAGAAACCCUGAUAAGAACUGUUUUUAUGUGUUUGGAUUUAAAGUAAUUCAGUGUGGAAAACUUUGUCUAUUAUUGAAUUGUGAGAAGCUAGAAAAUAAUUUUGAUGACAUCAAGCACACGACUCUUGGUGAGCGAGGAGCUCUCAGAGAAGCAAUGAGGUGCCUGAAAUGUGCAGAUGCCCCCUGCCAGAAGAGCUGUCCAACUAAUCUAGAUAUUAAAUCAUUCAUCACAAGUAUUGCAAAUAAGAACUAUUAUGGAGCUGCUAAGAAGAUUUUUUCUGACAACCCACUUGGUCUUACUUGUGGAAUGGUGUGUCCAACUUCUGAUCUUUGUGUAGGAGGAUGUAAUUUAUAUGCCACUGAAGAGGGACCAAUUAAUAUCGGUGGACUGCAGCAGUUUGCUGCUGAGGUAUUUAAAAGAAUGAACAUCCCACAGAUUAGAAAUCCUUCUCUGCCUCCCAAAGAAAAAAUGCCUGAUGCCUAUUCUGCAAAAAUUGCUCUCUUUGGUGCUGGGCCUGCCAGUAUAAGUUGUGCUUCUUUUUUGGCUCGAUUAGGCUACUCUGACAUCACUAUAUUUGAAAAACAAGAAUAUGUUGGUGGCUUAAGUACUUCUGAAAUCCCUCAGUUCCGACUGCCAUAUGAUGUAGUGAAUUUUGAGAUUGAGCUUAUGAAGGACCUUGGCAUAAAGAUAAAUUGUGGUAAAAGCCUUUCAGUGAAUGAAAUGACUCUUAGUACUUUGAAAGAAGAUGGUUACAAAGCUGCUUUUAUUGGAAUAGGUUUACCAGAACCCAAAAGAGACCUUAUCUUCCAAGACCUGACACAAGACCAGGGGUUUUACACAUCUAAAGACUUUUUGCCACUUGUAGCAAAAAGCAGCAAAGCAGGAAUGUGCGCCUGUCACUCUCCAUUGCCGUCGAUACGGGGAGCCGUGAUUGUACUCGGAGCUGGAGACACUGCCUUUGACUGUGCCACGUCUGCUCUACGUUGUGGAGCCCGCCGCGUGUCCAUCGUCUUCAGGAAAGGCUUUGUUAAUAUAAGAGCUGUCCCCGAAGAGAUGGAGCUGGCUAAAGAAGAACGGUGUGAAUUUUUGCCUUUCCUAGCCCCAAAGAAGGUUAUAGUAAAAGGUGGGAGAAUUGUUGCAAUGCAAUUUAUUCGGACAGAGCAAGAUGAAACUGGAAAAUGGAAUGAAGAUGAAGAUCAGAUAGUCCGCCUGAAAGCUGACGUGGUCAUCAGUGCCUUUGGUUCAGUUUUGAGUGAUCCUACAGUAAAAGAAGCCUUAAGUCCUAUAAAAUUUAACAGAUGGAAUCUCCCAGAAGUGGAUCCUGAAACUAUGCAAACCAGUGAACCAUGGGUGUUUGCAGGUGGUGAUAUUGUUGGUGUGGCUAACACUACAGUGGAAUCAGUGAAUGAUGGAAAGCAGGCUUCUUGGCAUAUUCACAAAUAUAUACAGUCACAAUAUGGAGCAUCAGUUUCUGCCAAGCCUGAGCUACCCCUCUUUUACACUCCUAUUGAUCUGGUGGAUAUUAGUGUGGAAAUGGCUGGGCUGAAGUUUAUAAAUCCUUUUGGUCUUGCUAGUGCAACUCCAGCUACCAGCACAUCAAUGAUUCGAAGAGCUUUUGAAGCUGGAUGGGCCUUUGCCCUGACCAAAACUUUCUCUCUUGAUAAGGACAUCGUGACAAAUGUUUCACCCCGAAUCAUCCGGGGGACUACCUCUGGCCCCAUGUAUGGCCCAGCACAGAGUUCCUUUCUGAAUAUUGAGCUCAUCAGUGAAAAAACAGCUGCAUAUUGGUGUCAAAGUGUCACUGAGCUAAAGGCUGACUUCCCAGACAAUAUUGUGAUUGCUAGUAUCAUGUGCAGUUACAACAAAAAUGACUGGAUGGAGCUCUCCAAAAUGGCUGAGGCUUCCAGAGCGGAUGCCCUGGAGUUAAAUUUGUCAUGUCCACAUGGCAUGGGAGAAAGAGGAAUGGGCCUGGCUUGCGGGCAGGAUCCAGAGCUGGUACGGAACAUCUGUCGCUGGGUUAGGCAAGCUGUUCAGGUUCCUUUUUUUGCCAAGUUGACCCCAAAUGUCACUGAUAUUGUAAGCAUCGCAAGAGCUGCAAUGGAAGGUGGUGCAGAUGGCGUUACAGCCACCAACACAGUUUCAGGUCUGAUGGGCUUAAAAGCAGAUGGCACACCCUGGCCAGCAGUGGGUAUUGGAAAGCAGAGUACGUAUGGAGGAGUGUCAGGAACAGCGAUCAGACCUAUUGCUUUGAGAGCUGUAACCUCCAUUGCCCGUGCUUUACCUGGAUUUCCCAUUUUGGCCACUGGUGGAAUUGACUCAGCUGAAAGCGGACUUCAGUUUCUCCAUGGUGGAGCUUCGGUCCUCCAGGUAUGCAGUGCUAUUCAGAAUCAGGAUUUCACUGUGAUUGAAGACUACUGCACUGGCCUCAAAGCCCUGCUUUAUCUGAAGAGCAUUGAAGAGCUACAAGACUGGGAUGGGCAGAGUCCAGCCACCAUGAGCCACCAGAAAGGGAAAUCAGUCCCACCUAUUGCUGAACUCACUGGAAAGAAACUGCCAAGCUUUGGACCUUUUCUUGAAAAGCGCAAGAAAAUUAUAGCAGAGAAUAAGAUCAGACUCAAGGAGCAAAAUGCAACUUUUUCUCCAGUUGAGAGAAACUGUUUCAUCCCCAAAAAGCCUAUUCCUUCUAUCAAGGAUGUAAUUGGAAAAGCACUGCAGCACCUUGGAGCAUUUGGUGAUUUGAGCACCAUAGAGCAAGUUGUGGCUACAAUUGAUGAAGAAAUGUGUAUCAACUGUGGUAAAUGCUACAUGACCUGCAACGACUCUGGCUACCAGGCUAUCCAGUUUGAUCCAGAAACCCACCUGCCCACCAUCACUGACACGUGUACAGGCUGUACUCUCUGUCUCAGUGUCUGCCCUAUUAUCGACUGCAUCAAAAUGGUUUCCAGGACAACACCUUAUGAACCAAAGAGAGGCUUACCCUUAGCUGUGAAACCAGUGUGUUAAGGUGAUUUGCAAGACGGUUGCUGUGAACUUUGAUGUCACUUACAUAUGCUGAUCUUUUAAAAUUGUGAUCGCUGUGUUCUUUCCAAAUUAAAAAAAUAUAUAUAAUUUCUAAAUAAAUUUCUAAAUGUAAAAAAUGUGUAGUGCCAGUGACCAAUUAUUGGUCAUAAAAUGAAAUAAUUUUUUCUCAGGAUGGCUGUUAAAUUACUGUGUAGAAGUUAAUUGGAUGUUCACCGUCAGUUGUCUAUUGUGAAAAAUUAACUUUCUCAUGGCAAUUAGUGUGACAGUUUCCAAAUUGCCCUAUGCUGUGCUCCAUCUUUAAUUUUUCAUUGUAAAUGAAAUUAAGUAUUUUGGAACAAAGUAUACCUUAGCAUACUAGAUAGUGUUUCCAAGGAAACAUUUUAUAAUUAAAAAUUACCUUUAAUUUUUAUACUAUUUCCUAGAAAAUGUAAUUAGCUCCAUAAAGUACAAAUGAAGAAAAUCAAAUAAUUAUUUAGUAUAGCAGGAAACAAAAGGCUAAAAAAGGGUUUGUAGAACUGUGUUAAGGUCCUCCUCACCUAAUUGCUUCUUUCUGGUACUAGAUGCUAAAAAUGAGAAUAUUUACUAAGCUAAUACUAUUUACUACUCAUGCCUGAGAUCGCUGUCCAAACGGCUCACCAAUGGACCACAUGACAUUCUUCUUUAAAUAUUUAAACCAUGUUCCUAGUGAAAUAAGAUGUUAGGAUGGAUCUCUGGUUAAUGCCAGUCUUUUCCUGUGCUCUGAUCUGCUCUCUGCUUUUAAUAGUAACCUUCAUGAUUAUAGUAAUUAAUGUUCAAACAAAGCCUAAAUUAUAUAGUGCUGAGUCAUGUACUUCAUUAUUCAAGAAUGAAAGCUAUAGUAUUGGUAAAAUACAUGCAAUACGCAAAACCAGUUUGGCUACUUUUCUAUUUUAGUGUUUAUGUUUAAUAUCAAAAGUAAUGUCAU